CCCCUGAAAUUCAUGAAAAGGGAAGUUAGCACUGGGUGGGGGUAGGGUAUGGGACACUUCCUGCUAACUUUAGCAGCUAGGGGCCAGAAGAUCUGCCCCUGUUCCAAUAGAUUAACUAUGAGCUGCAGCCAUGACUGAGGCCUUCCUAGAAUCCACCAGGAUCUUCAGCCUCUCCCAAAAGCCACUGCCAUGGGUGAUUCUAGGCAGAGUUACAACUACUAAGCUCUACCCAGGGGAAGUAGGAAGCGCCCUCAGAUACCAUAGCCUGUGUUUCCUCUGCCUCUGCUCCAGACCCAUGUCCUCCCAGUCAGUCAGAAAGUGGAAUCCAGAGUGGGCAAAGAGUGCAGCCCAGCUCCUCAGGGGCAGAACAGGGCAGGGCUGACCUCAUUUAGAUUUAGAGCUGGGCAAAGUGCUGGGCACCCACCCCAGACAUUCUGGGGGAGGACUCGAGAGUGUGCCUCAAAGGAGUGGGAAGUAUAGGCUGCUGCCGGGAUUACGUUGUGUGGCACAGCCUCUGCCCAGUAUAAGUGCAGAAAACACCAGCCAGGCUGAUUUCUUGGGUCUGUUCUUCCCAGGAGGUAAUGUGAAUCCUGGCCAAGCCCGAAAAAGUCAUUGUACUUUAUAGCCACCUGUGUGGGAACAGACAGCUGACUGAGGGGUCCAGACAGCUCCCCAAGGUACCGGUUAAGGGUAGCCAGGGGCGGGGAGCCCUGAGGUAGUGACAUCAGGCUGCCCAAGGCUGAGCUGCUGUAGGAGUGGCCAGGUGCCAAAUCUGGGACUUGCCAGGUGUCUUGCCUGUUUCUGUCCCUACCCUCCUCUGCUGGGCUGCGGCUGAGAUGAUCACCCUGGCAACCUGAGUCAGCUCUGUUUCUUUUCUCUCAGGGCAAGGUGAAACCAGCCCUCCUGGCUAUGGGAGGAGCCGUGGUGGACGAUGGUCCCACUGGAGUCAAGGCCCCUGAUGGCGGCUGGGGCUGGGCCGUCCUCUUCGGCUGUUUCAUCAUCACAGGUUUCUCCUAUGCCUUUCCCAAAGCAGUCAGCGUUUUUUUCAAGGAGCUCAUGCAUGAGUUUGGGAUUGGCUAUAGCGACACGGCUUGGAUCUCCUCCAUCCUGCUGGCUAUGCUCUAUGGCACAGGGCCACUCUGCAGUGUGUGUGUGAACCGUUUUGGCUGCCGGCCUGUCAUGCUUGUGGGUGGCCUCUUUGCAUCCCUGGGAAUGGUGGCCGCAUCUUUCUGCAGAAGCAUCAUUCAGAUCUACCUCACCACAGGGGUCAUCACUGGCCUGGGUCUGGCUCUCAACUUCCAGCCCUCCCUCAUCAUGCUCAACCGAUAUUUCAACAAACGGCGCCCUCUAGCCAAUGGGCUGGCAGCAGCAGGCAGUCCAGUGUUCCUUUGUGCCCUGUCUCCACUGGGGCAGCUACUGCAGGACCACUAUGGCUGGCGAGGUGGCUUCCUCAUCCUGGGGGGCCUGCUGCUCAACUGCUGCGUGUGUGCUGCGCUCAUGAGGCCACUAGUGGCACCCAAGGCGAGUGGAGGAACUGGGCCCCAUGCACCCCAGCGGCCAUCAAAGCAUCUUUUGGACUUGAGUGUCUUCCGAGACCGUGGCUUCCUCAUCUAUGCAGUGGCUGCUUCCAUCAUGGUGCUGGGGCUCUUUGUGCCCCCAGUAUUUGUGGUGAGCUAUGCUAAGGAUCUGGGUGUGCCCGACACGAAGGCCGCCUUCCUUCUCACCAUCCUGGGCUUCAUUGACAUCUUUGCCAGGCCCACAGCUGGCUUCAUAACGGGGCUCAAGAAGGUACGGCCCUACUCUGUCUACCUCUUCAGCUUUGCCAUGUUCUUCAAUGGCUUCACCGACCUGACAGGCUCCACAGCCAGUGACUAUGGUGGCCUGGUGGUCUUCUGCAUCUUCUUUGGCAUCUCAUAUGGCAUGGUAGGGGCUCUACAGUUUGAGGUGCUCAUGGCUAUCGUAGGCACUCACAAGUUCUCCAGUGCCAUCGGUCUCGUGUUGCUGUUAGAGGCUGUGGCUGUGCUCAUCGGACCCCCAUCAGGAGGCAAGCUGCUGGAUGCCACGAAAGUUUACAAGUAUGUGUUCAUCCUGGCGGGGGCCGAGGUGCUCACCUCCUCCCUUGUGCUGCUAUUGGGCAACUUCUUCUGCAUCAGGAAGAGGCCCGAGGUGACCCAGCCUGAGGAGGUGGCCUCAGAGGAGGAGAAGCUCCACAAGCCCCCUGUGGACUCGAGGGAGGUGGAGCACUUCCUGAAGGGACAGCCUGAGAAAAAUGGGGAGGUGGUUCAUACCCCGGAAACCAGCGUGUGAGCGGCCUGGCCGGGCGGGCAGGGAGCAGGGAAGAGGUCCAGAGACUGGCAACGCUCAUAUUUAUUUCACAAACAGGACCAGCUGAGGCGGGGCCAUCUGCUCAGCUCUGGCUGCCUGGUCAGCGGGUCAGUGUUUUGCGGGGAGAGGUGGCGGGGUGGGAACCGUGUCGUUCCAAAGUGGAUCUGCGGUGAAGCCAAGGAAGCCGCACAGUUACCAGCCGGCAGACCAGGGCCCCAGCCUGCUGAGCCCGAGCAGCCUGUGCCUCCCCGCCCCCCACUGUGGCCAAGGACCUAGAAACCCACACUUAGGAGACAACACGACUUUAAUCAGAGGGCAGGGCUGGGACGGGCUGGCAGGUGGGUGCUGCCUGCAGGGUCCUCCCUGGCCCCACCAUCCACCCCAUCUCUGCCCUGGUCUCCUACAUUGCCAAUCAUCCCUCUUGUCUAGGGGACAAAGCGCUCCUUCUACCUGAGAAGGUAGAAACAGUCCUGUGUGUAGAGGAGCACCAGAGGGCCUGUCUUCAGGAGCUGUCUGGUUCUGGGCAGUGGUCUGUUCACCCUGAGUCCCACCUUUGUUAAAUAACAAACUGCUGAUUCUUAAAAA